CUUCUGUCUGAUCUGAGAGUCGACGGCUGCUGUGUUGCUAUUGGUGAAGUCUCAAGAUUUUACAAGACAAUACAAGAACAAUGAGUGCAUCCAAACCCCAGGAAAGUGUUGGGGUGAGAAUCGAACACUCUCUGAAUAAGAAGGAGGAGGCGUUUGUAGCCAGAAGGAGAAACGCUGUUCUACAAAGUUUGAAUAAACUUAAGAUACGCUGCAGACAGACUGAAGUGCCAAACAUUGCAUUACUGGGUUCUGGAGGAGGACAAAGAGCCAUGGUGGGAUUGCUGGGAUCCCUGGUUCAGCUCCAGAAAACAGGUCUUCUGGACUGUGUCCUUUAUCUGAGCGGAGUGUCUGGAUCCACCUGGUGUAUGGCCUCCUUAUAUCAGGAUCCAGACUGGUCCACCCACUUGGAGUCCGUGAAAGACAAGAUCAUCCAGAGACUCAGCAGUUCUAGAGUCAGCUGGACAGAAGCAUUUGACAAACUGAAGACAUAUUACAGUGGAAAAGACAUAUUCACCUUGACGGACGUCUGGGCAGUGAUAUUCGUCACAGAUUAUGUGAAAGAGAUAGACAAGCACAAACUCACAGACCAUUGGGAUCAGCAGAGUAAAGACCCGUUUCCCAUCUACACAGCGAUCGACAAGGAAUGCAAACAGCACAAAGACGGAGACCCCUGGUUUGAGAUCACUCCAUAUGAAGCAGGUUAUUCCCUCAUUGGAGCAUUUGUGGAAACCUCCAGCUUUGGCAGCAAGUUUGAAAAUGGCCAUAAGAUCGAGGACCAGCCUGAAAUUGACAUGCUGUACCUGCAAGCUCUAUGUGGCAGUGCUUUAGCUGAUGGAGAACAGGAUAAGAAAUUCAUGUGGCAAAUAAUAAAAGAGUUUUUCCCCCUGCUUAAAAUAGAAACAGGGAUGCUUGAGGAAACAAGUAAAGAAGAUCCAAACUCCCCACCUGUAGAUGAAUGUUAUCAUUUGCUCAUGGAUCUGGUAGACAUGAAUCUCUCGGUUUUGAAUGGCAUUGAUCCGUCUGAUCUCGGUGAAUCCAUCACAACAAAGCUGAACAAGCUCACCGGAGGCAAACAUCAGCAGUUUUUUCAAAAGAGAAAACUGAAUCUCACUGAUAAAGAAGCUGCAAAAAAGUAUAUGAAACAAUACACUGAGGAUGUGUGUAAUGCUUUGAGUCAUUGCUUCAGUUUCUGGCAUUGUGAUAUUUGGAAGAGAAUUUUAGAAUGCUUUAACCAGUGGAUCUGGGGCAGGAAUCAUAACUUCCUCCACAACAUGAAAGAUAAAGCAGUUCCCUCCACUCUUCUGGAAAGUGAGACUAGAGACUAUGAAGAUGCUGGACUGUUGCUGAACUCACCCUACUUCUCAGUGCUGAGAAAAGAGAGAAACAUCGACCUCAUCAUUUCACUGGACUUCAGUGACGAUGUUGAUCCUUUCACGACAGUGAAGGAAGCUGCUGAUACAUGUGGGAAACUAAAGAUCCCUUUCCCUGAGGUCAACAUUCCCAGUGAAGAUGUAAAGAAACCGAAGGACUUCUAUGUGUUCACAGGCCAAAACACUCCAACCGUGAUCCACAUCCCUCUCUUUAAUGUGGUCAACUGUGAAGAUGAUAUUGAGACCUGGAGGAACAAUUAUAAGACCUUUAAAGGUCCUUACUGCGCUGAGAUGAUCACUGAUCUCAUGGAGGUCGCUGGAAAAAACAUCAUAAACAACAAAGACAAGCUGCUGGAGCAGAUUCAUCUGGCUAUAAAAAUACACAAAUAAUGAGUAAUAAAUAUCACUGGUGUGCAGCGUUCUGAAAUGAGGCAGCAAAGUCCUCACUGUUUGUUUUAAUGUUGUUUUAAAUUCCAAUUACACUUAAUGCUGAUACAUAUUUGAAGCACAUGAAAUGCUCAUGAAAACAUGUGAACACAGCAAUAGGCCAAUCAUUAUGUUACUUUUCUGUUUAAUAUGUUAAACAUAUUUCACUCUAUUCAUAUAACAAUAAAUUGCUGAUCAUUAAUAAUCAAAUCAUUAUUAAUUGCUGAUAAUCAAUUACAACCAGUAUUGCGGAAAUGUUGGGAUGUUUUUUAAAUUUUCAUAAAAUGAAAACUAAAAGACUUUCAAAUCACAUGAGCCAAUAUUUUAUUCA